UAUACAUCUUCUGAUUGGGAUCUCACGUUUGGGCUGUUAAGGCAAGACGAUGGUAAAUUCAGACUAGUAAAAACAAUGAGAACCGAACCGUGGCACGAACCUCUGUGUAUGACAAAAACGAUCAAAAACAAGUCUGGAGUUUCAAAUCUUAUCAUUAGUGGAAGUGAUCUACAUUUAACCAUAUGGAAUAACAGUCGAUGUGUUCGGACCACUCGAGGAGUCGAUCUCGAAAGUCCAAUUACAAAUAUGAAAAUCCCUUAUCAAAUGGAAAACAAUGAAAGGCAAAAUAUGAUUUUAUUCUGUAAUGACACAGAUAUAGGUAUUUUACAACAACCUAUUGAUGGAAACCCAUUCAGAAACGCUGCAGUACUCAGCUCCGGAACUAAAUUGAUCGAUUUCGGCAUUUCGCAUGAUAACAAAUACGUUUUUAGUAUCAGCGAGAACAGUCCAUCGAUGUUGAUGUGGUCUUUUAACAAAACGUAAACAUUCUAAACGUAUUUCAGAAAUCUAGUUUUGUUUACAUAAUAUUUAUCAUCGGAAUAGCAAAAACGAAUACAUGUAAUAUAAAACAGUUAUAUAGCCUUAUAGGAGAUAAAAAUGCUUACGAUAUCUUAUAAAUAUUUUAGUCCUUAAAGGUUCCUGUAUAAAAUUAAGUGUGGUAAUGGUGGGACGUUUUACUUCUCAACACUCGUAAUGGCCAAUUCGGCAGACCAUCACAUCGCAUGUAUUUUAUAUGUUUUAACAUGAUCUCUGAAGUAUUGAAAUGAGUAAUGAGGAUCCAUCUAGUGGAUUAGUAUUGUGAUUACAUAUAUUUGUAAUACAUUGGUCGCCGUUUAUAGUGUUCACUGGUUAUAAGAAUCAGCCGCUUAUAGUGAUCCAGAAUGCCAGGAACGGAACAAACAGCUGUUAAAAGUGCAUUUUUCGUCGCUUACAGUGUUUAGGUUUUCGGUUAUUGUGAUCAGAAAUAAUCAUCAAAAAUAUAAAAUAUAAAUAUAAUUUAGAAUAAUAUCACCUCUUUUUGUGUAUAGGGACGAUUACGAAUGACAAUUAUCUUAAUCGUGAAUAAUCCAGUUAAUCUUAUCUAAUGUAACCCACGUAAUGAGCGAUACUUCAUACCGUGCAUUCUUACAUGCUUUAAACCGUUUUUGUUCUCACAAGCACCGAUAUUUUUACACUUUAUACCCAGUUUGUUUUCGUCCGUCGUUACUGUUUGUAUAGUAUGUAGUCAGUAGUGCACACAGGGAUGGUAAGGGGUGUCGACUGACACCCCUCAGAAAAUUGAUGGAUAACUAGUUCUGUGCAGUGGCGCCGAACUACAAAAAAUGCAGUAUGGCGAAUAUCAAAUUUUAAUUGUACCUACACACCUAUCGAUUCGUGUAAA